GUGUUAAUUGUUGAAGUAAUAACAAAAAAUAUUAAAAUUUGAAGACGACGAAACUUACCAUGAAAACUACUCCAGUGAAUGAUGAGGUUGGCGGGACAGUGAAAUACAGCGUGUUGGAACUGUUCAGCGGCAUUGGCGGAAUGCAUUAUGCACUGAAACGUUCUGGCAAACGGUUUCGCAUUGUGGCCGCCUUGGAUAUCAACCCGGUAGGAAAUGGGAUCUACAAUUACAAUUUCGGUGGUGAGGGAGAAUGUCCAGUGGACGUUAAAAACAGCAACAUCUUAGGUCUCACGGCAGAAAGGAUCCAACAGUUGGGGGUUAACGUUAUAGCGAUGUCACCGCCCUGUCAGCCUUUCACCCGCAAUGGAACCUUCAAGGACUUGGCCGAUCGACGGGCGGAUCCUUUCGUACAUUUGUGCGAUCUGCUGGAGCACAUUCCAGCGGUUGAAUUCGUUCUGCUGGAAAACGUAAAGGGUUUCGAAAGGUCCCAAGCAUGCGAGCUUUACAAAGGUAAACUAACCGCAGCUGGGUUCAACUUUCGCGAGUAUAUCCUGUCGCCUCAUGAUUUUGGGGUUCCCAACACCCGGCAUCGAUACUAUUGCGUUGCUAAGAAGGGUGAGUUUCGAGGAGUUCCCAAAACAGGAAUUAUCACGGAACCAAAUCCACGGUACGUUCAACCACGGAUAACGGUUGGCGAUUUGUUGGAACCCGAAAGCGAAAAAACGUCCAAGUUCUUGUUUAAACCGGACCUGCUCAGGAAGCGAUUGGCCAUCAUGGACAUCUGUUCCCCGGAAUCAGUGAAUUCGAUGUGUUUCACCAAGGCUUACACCCACUAUGCUGAGGGAACCGGUUCGGUGUUUAGUCCGUUAUCCCGAGUGGAAUUCGAUAACCUAUAUAGAAAGAUGGAAGCGGAAACUGAUGAGGAACGGAAAAAUGUUUUGAGGGAUCAGCUGAGGGUGCGCUAUUUUACCCCUCGGGAAGUUGCACGGUUGAUGUCGUUUCCGGAAGAUUUUCGAUUUCCACCGGAUGCUACCGAUAAGCAGUGUUAUAGAGUUUUAGGCAAUAGCAUCAACGUGUUGGUUGUCAGUUCGUUGUUUGAUGAGUUGGAAUAA